CUCUUCUCACAUUUAUUAUCAGACUACUUCUGACAAACCAAAGCGUCCGAUCUCUGCCAUGUUCAUUUUCUCGGAAGAGAAGCGCAAGAAGAUGCAGGAGGAGGAGCCAGAGCUGUCGGAGAGCGAACUGACAAGAAAAUUGGCCAGGAUGUGGACUGAGCUGUCUGAGAAGAAAAAGGAGAAGUAUCGGCGCAUGGAAGCAGCGGCAAAGGCCGAAUCGGAACAGAAAAAACAGGGCUAUGGAAAAGACGGAAAAGGCUCUGCUAUCCGAGGAAAGCUGCCUGAGCCGCCCAAGACUGCAGAAGAGAUCUGGCAGCAGAAUGUGAUUGGAGAUUAUCUGGCCAAGUACAGGAAUGACCGCAGUAAGGCUGUCAGAGCGAUGGAGGCUACUUGGAGAGAAAUGGAGAAAAAGGAGAAAUUAAUGUGGAUUAAAAAAGCAGCUGAGGAUCAAAAGCGAUAUGAGAAAGAAUUAAGUGAAAUCCGAACACCAGCAACAAACACAAACAAGAAAAUGAAAUUUGAAGGGGAACCAAAAAAGCCACCCAUGAAUGGUUACCAGAAAUUUUCUCAGGAACUCCUCACAGGUGGUGAGCUGAACCAUCUGAAUCUGAAGGAUCGGAUGGUAGAGAUUGGGAAAAGAUGGCGGAAAGUCACCCAGGCUCAGAAGGACCGUUAUAAGAAGAUGGCGGAAGAACAGCAAAGCCAAUACAAAAUCAACCUGGAAGCCUGGCUUAAGAGCUUAUCGCCUCAAGAGAGAGCCAUGUACAAGGAAUACACUACAAAUAAACGCAAAAGUACUACAAAAGCAGCUAGUCCAAAUCCCAAAAUGAAAAUUGCAUUACAAACACAGAGUGCAAGUGAAACUGAGGAUUCUGAUGAAGAUGAUGAUGACGAUGAAGAUGAUGACGAUGAUGAUGAAGAAAAGGCCAAUUCUUCAGAUUCUGAUGACUCCUCAGGUUCAGACAGUGAUGAAGAAAGUGAGGAAGAAGAUGAUGCAGAUGAGAAUGCUGACGAUGACGACGACGAGGGUGAAGAUGAUGAAGAAAAUCAGUCUGAUAGCAGCAGCAGUUCUUCAUCAGAAGAGUCCUCGGACUCGGACUCUGACUGAAGUGCUCUGCUUUGAUCUUCCAGGCAGUACUAAAACUAUCAGCCUAAAGAGCCCUCAUGCCUGCUGCCAGGACUGUUUGAGACAAUUGACAGAAGCAGAUGUUCUAAAAUCUGAUGUGAUCCAGCCAUCGUUGUCCAGUCAGUUCCACAGGCAAAUUGACUGGGCUUUCCUGAGUUGCUUUCAACUCAUUGAAAACCACUAGUGAUGCAAGUAAGAAUGGACCAAAUGGAGAAUUUGUAGGCAGUUUUCCUUUUCCACUAGAACAAUCCCUGUUACAAUCAUUAUGAAAUUACUCUCCAUCCAUGUACUGCUGAGUGACAUUCAGGGCUCAACUUUUUAAAAACCUGGCAUAACAAUUCCCUGGUAUGGUUUGGAGUACAUCUUAUGUAAUCAGAAAUACAAGCACACAAGAUCUCAAGGCAUUUGUGUGUUUUGAGUGUGAAUUCACUUACUGCAUUUAAAGUUGGUGUUUGGGUUUAUCAGGUCAUUCAUACUUGCAUUGCAACGCUUUUGGAUUUUUAAUUUUUUUAACAAAAAUAUGGUCACUGAAGUUGGAUCCUGCCUCGUUUACCUGCUACCAGUUCUGGUCCACUGUCGAGUUUGUUUCGCGUUAAAGCAGAACCGAAAUAUCGGGGUGGUUCGAUAGCAAGUAUCGAAGCCUUCAAUUCUUUAGUAUUUCCAUAAGUGGGGUGUCCUGGUCUUUUACUUUGGGAAGGGGGGGGGGGGGGGGGGGGGGGGAGGUGCAUUUCAAGGGCAAAGUGUGGGCCUGUCAGUGGGAAUGGCCAGGAUCAGACCCUGUGUAUAAGCACAGGCUGGGCUAAUUCAGUGAAGAGUAUUUUGUGAUGUUGCAGUUUGUAAAUACGAUGGAUGUUUUUUGAGGGAGAUUUCAGAUUCACUAUUUUGUGACUUAAAUCUCUCCUUUGUAAUAUGAACAAAGUCGUUGAGUGGCCUGCACCAGAGCAAGUGCUCAUUUAUUUUAACAGCAGAGGAUAGAAAUAAGCUCCUGUGUUGCCCCAUGCCCUUCAAAACUGCAAAGGAAUCUGUUGUUCUUACAAGCCACAUGUUUCUGGUUACUUAAAACUUUGUUUUUCUGCAUGUGUAGUCUUUCCUUAAUGUGUUUCCUUAUGGAGGAUGUGACUGCAUUACUGCAGAGAAGCCCAAGUAUUUUGUAUCAUUUUAGUCUGUCAAUCUGAUUUUUGAAGAGUCAUAAUAUUGGUGGGAGUUGAUCUUGAUGUUCUAGAUGCAGUUUAAAGCUUGCAGCAGAAACUGCAAAUAGCAUUUUUGUAUUUUUCAAAUUCUGUUUUGUCACUUCUGAAUGGAAUGUACAUUAGCUCUCUGGUCAUCAAACCAAAUGCAAAGUAUAUUGUGAGAAGUUUUAAUGAACAGUUUCAUCCUCCUUUGAAUUGUAGAGUUGGAAGAUUGUACUGCCGGAGUCCUUUUUCACAAGAGACUGCACAGAGCUGCUGGAGUCAGGUCCUGUACAUAGCUCCCUUGAGUUUGGAACACUACAGUACUGACAUCUCUUUUACAGACAAGCUCAGCACUUUCUUUUGCAUAACUCAUUAUGAGACUAUGUUGUGUUUGUCAUUUCUUUGCACACCAGAAUUAAGGAAUAAUUACAAAUUCAGGGAUUGAAAAAGAAUCUCUCUUCCCAGCAUGGGAAGUGAUGUGAAUAAGUUUCCAAGUUCUAGCUCAUUAGGAAAGAGGCAGAAUCAGAAUUUGAAGUCUCAACAGCUAAACCAUGCCCUCUAUUAUUUUCUCAAAGUUGUCAACUUGUGAGACAUUAUCAUAAAAGGAGAGGGAAAGGAGGGGAGAACCCAAAGUGACUGAGCCUUUUACUGACUGCAGCUUUGCUUAAACUCCGGAUCAUGAUUUGAAUACCUUGUCAGCUUGUGCCCAGUUUCAGAGUGGGGUGGAUGUCUUUUUAAAGGGUACUGAAAGAGGCACUUUGUUGUACUUGUUGGGUUUGAAUGAGGAUGUAUGGUAUCUGUAUAUAAUGUCGUUUGUAUUUUGCAGCUUUACUUUCCAUUUUAUUUUGAUUCUUACAGUAAGGUCAGGAGCACUGGGCGUGUGUACUGUAAGAGGUGAAAUGAGUGCAUUUUUGCACUCAAUGUGAAAUUGUGCUAGUAACCCAUACGUACCAUGUUACUUUUAGCUUCUGUGAUCUUUUGGGAAUUUUUCUAAUAUUUAAAGAUUGUUUUGUAGAGAGAAUGCCUCACUGAUUUGUAUUUGCUGAUUCUUGUAAUUUGAUGUUGGAACUUCUGAAACAUUUUAUAGGGAAAGCGUUCCUUUUGUUCAAGUGGUUAUAAGCAACCAUUAAAAAUAUGAAAACCCGGUU